CCUGACCCUGACCAGAUGUUCACACAGAGAGUGCAGGGUGCCCGUUGUCUGAAGGCCGACUUGAGAUCCUUUGGUUGGCUCCAAACCAUGAUCUUCACAGUGGAGGAAAUUAACCGGAACUCGUCUCUGUUGCCCAACUUCACGCUGGGUUACCUGGCUGCAGAUACAUGCUUGGCUGAGAGCAGUUCACUGAGUGCUGCUCUGGCAAUGGUGACUGGGCAGGUGGAGAUGGUGUCAGGGGAACAGUGCACCAUAGCUCCCAAUGUGCCCAUCAUUAUUGGAGAUGCACGCUCCUCUGACUCCAUAGUUGUGGCUGAUACUUUGGGUGUUUUUGACAUCCCUAUGGUUAGCUACUUUGCUUCUUGUGCAUGUCUCAGUGAUCGCACCAAAUACCACACCUUUCUGCGCACGGUACCCAGUGAUGCCUUUCAGGCUAAAGCCAUGGCUCGACUCUUGCGCCUUAUGGGCUGGACCUGGGUGGGUGUCAUUUCUGGAGAUGAUGCAUAUGGAAAAAGUGGUGUGCAGCUGCUUCUACAGGAACUGCAAGGUUCUGGUGUAUGCGUCGACUAUUUAGAGAUCAUUCCUAAAUCCUUUGCACCAAACAGGAUGAGAAGAAUUGUAGAAAGAAUCCAGAGCUCUAAAGCUUUGGUAGUGGUGACCUUUGCUAUCAGCCCUGAUAUGGAGGUCUUGCUGAGGGAAGUGGUGAGAGAGAAUGUGUCUGAUAGACAGUGGAUUGCUACUGAAGCCUGGAGUACUUCCAGCCAGCAUGCUGCUUUGAGUCCUUCCUGUUUGGCAGGGACUCUUGGUUUUGCUCUGAGGCAGGUUGAUAUCAAGGGCUUGGGUUCUUAUUUGACCCAGCUGAAUCUGGAGGAGUACCCAAAGGAGCCACUGGUGCAAAGUGUUUGGGAAGAAUUGUUUGGAUGCAAAUUUGAAGAGCAAACACAAUCGGGACUUUCAAAACCCCAAUGUACAAGCUUGGAUAAAAUUAAAGAACAAGUUGCAACCUACUUCGAUAUAAAUUAUAAUGUGUAUAAGGCUGUGUAUGCUAUUGCAAAUGCUAUUCAGGACAUGCUGGCAUGUCAGCCUGGCAAAGGACCUUUUGGGAAUGGAGAAUGUCCUGAUACUAAGUCAAUAAGACCCAAGCAGCUUCUACACUACCUAAAGGCUGUAAAGUUCACAACACCAGUGGGUGAACAGGUCCAAUUUGAUGAAAAUGGGGACCCAGCUGCCUCAUACGACAUAAUUAACUGGCACCUAGGUGCUGACGGAAAGGUACAAUUCCUACAAGUGGGACAGUUUGAUGCAGUGAAAGGACCUGAGCAAGAUUUUCAACUCAACCUCGGGAAUGUGUUCUGGGGAGGAGGCUGGGGUGGCAAGGUCCCGGUGUCUGUGUGCAGUGAGAACUGUCCUCCUGGCACCAGGAAAGCUGUGCAGAAAGGACGACCUGUCUGCUGCUACGACUGUAUCCCAUGUGCAUCAGGGGAGAUCAGCAAUGCUACCGACUCUACAGAGUGCAUAAAGUGUCCCGAGAGGUUCUGGUCCAAUACUGAACAUACAGAGUGCAUCCCAAUGAUAGUGGAGUUCUUGUCCUUUCAAGAUAACAUGGGCAUCAUCCUCACAGUGCUUUCAGCUUCUGGAGCAGCUCUUACAGUUACUGUCCUGGCUGCCUUUUUCCGUCAUCGAGACACACCCCUGGUCCGUGCCAACAACUCCGAACUGAGCUUUCUGCUGCUGCUGUCACUCUCUCUUUGUUUCCUCUGUGCGCUGGCUUUUAUUGGCCGGCCAGCGCCGUGGUCUUGCAUGCUACGCCAUACACUGUUUGGGAUCAGUUUUGUGGUGUGUUUGGCUUGUGUGCUCAGUAAGACAGUGGUUGUGCUUGUGGCCUUUAGAGCAACUCUGCCAGGCUCGAAUAUGAUGCGGUACUUUGGUCCUGUUCAGCAGAGGGCAGGUAUUUUCCUCUGUACACUGAUACAGGUGGGAAUCUGUGUGCUGUGGCUGGUUCUGGCACCUCCUUUGCCCUCUGAAAGUGCAGGAGGUGAACUUGGAGCACGGGUGGUGCUGCUAUGUGCAGUAGGCUCAGUGGCAGGUUUCUCCCUGGUUCUGGGUUACAUCGGCCUACUGGCUGCUGUCUGCUUCCUGCUGGCCUUCUUCGCUCGGAAGCUUCCGGAUAAUUUCAACGAAGCAAAGUUCAUCACUUUCAGCAUGUUGAUCUUCUGUGCUGUGUGGAUCACAUUUGUUCCAGCAUACGUCAGCUCUCCUGGGAAGUACACAGUAGCCGUGGAGGUCUUUGCCAUCCUAGCAUCGAGUUACGGCCUUCUGCUGUGUAUCUUUGCCCCAAAGUGUUACAUCAUCCUACUCAGACCAGAUAAGAACACAAAAAAGAACAUGAUGGCCAAAUAG